AUGUCCCUCUCGUCGACCCCAGAAGGGGGAUUUGCCAGACCAUCUGGCAAGACUCCCCCUCCCCCGGCUCCAUCUGCGGCCUAUGCAAAACGGCAAGUCGCGCUUUUCACUGCUCGAGAGCUCCAGGCCCAAGAAACUAUGGCCGCCGCUCGCUACCGCCCUCCUGCGCUCCGCAAUGCCAAAGACACGUCGAUCGAAAAUAUCUCAGGUGGCGAUGCUGGCGGUGAUCUUGCUUCUCUUGCACCUCCCUCGUUCCCCCAGGGCUUUAGACGCGCAAGGGCCGGAACCUUGCCUUCUAACGUCCAGCUGGCUGCUCAACGUUAUGCAUCCACGCUCCCUGCGGCCCCUGUGUCCGACUAUGAAACCAAUGAAAUUAGCAAUAAUACAGGUAUUAAUCUCAAUACUUCUAGCGCGACGCGUCCUUCUCUUCGUCACGCGACGUCCAUGGCUCCGGCUCCCUCGACCACUAUUGGCGGAGAGCGCAAUAGCCGCUUGCGCUCCGGCUCGCUGACUCUCCCAAGCGCUGGUCUUUCUAACGCCUUUGGCCCUUCCAUUUUCUCAUCUUCUUGGUUGCCCAAUCAUGGUGCUGGUUUCCCUGCCCUCGACGAAAUGCGCUCCAUCACCUCGGGAGAUUCGAUCACAGGUGGCGAUGAAUAUGAUGUCCAUACACUUGACUAUCUCGGAUUGGACGAUGGUCCAUCUGCUAUGGGUGGCCAUGGUCGCCCAAUGCCCAUGCCCGCUACCGUAUCUGAGCUACGAAACCAGGCCCAGGCUGCUAUCGUUGGCCAUCAAGCCCAAAAUCCAAGUCGCAACCGGUCUCAAACUAUCUCGAACUUUGCCCGCGCCCGCAGUGGCACUACUUCUAUGAUCACCGCUCCAACAAUCGAGCAUUCCGAUGAUGAAGAGGAAAUUGAUUACUCGGGUAGUAACUAUGGUCGUCAGCGGAUGGACUCGUUCGAAAGCGGAGGGCUGUAUGGAGGAAAUGGUGGUUACGGCGCCAAACCCUUCCGCCAGAAUCAGCACUUGAGCCCCAAUACUAGUCUUCUCGCCCGUCCGCGUGCAAUCUCCGUCGGUAUUCUGGACGAUCCGAACCGAGCUGCCGCACAACGCCGCACUGCCGCUGCCAAUGCUGCGAUAGAGCAGCCGUCCGCAUCGCUCCAUCGUAAAACUUCCUAUUCUAAUAUGAGCGAUGCCAACCAAGGGAUUCUAAAUACGAAUGCCGUCUAUAACGCUGCUCCUACCUCCAUAUUACGCCAGUCAUCGUUCAAUAUGGAUGACGAGAACGCUAUGUACGCCGGAAGAUUGACUCGCCAGAACUCUGCUUCGGUUCGUUUCCCUACCGGCGACGUUACAGCUGGGCAAGCCGGUAAUAACGGUGGCCGUCAAGUUCAUCUCAGUGCGCCUAUGAUUGGCAGGGGUGAAUCUCGUUCAGUCUCGCCCAAGAUGGAGGGACCUAGCCAAAUACAAACCCCAUCCCGCUCACUCUGGAUCGGUAAUCUUGACCCUACCAUGACCGGCGAAGAUUUGGCUCACGUCUUUGCUCCCUAUGGUGCUAUCGAGAGCUUCCGUUUGCUCCCUGAGAAGGAAUGUGGCUUCGUCAACUUUGUCGACAUUGCGGAUGCUAUGAGAGCCAAGGAUGAUGUCCUAAACCGCUUGUCUGGUCACAUUGGGAUGAACAAUAAUCAAGCUGUCCGCAUUGGAUUUGGGAAGGCCGAUAGUGCACCAGCAACUCCUCCUAUGGGGAUUCAAUCGUCGAAUGCUGGUGUCGGCCUGGGUGCUCAUAUCCAGUCUCAAUUUACCCCACCUGGGCAAUUAACCCCAAAUCAAAAUCAGGCAAAUGCCAUGGACUCCCAGUUGCAAUCCUCGCCGACCCGCGCGCUCUGGAUUGGCUCCAUCCCUUCGACAACCACUCCUGCGACAAUCCUGAGUGUUUUUAGUCCUUAUGGUCCAAUUGAAAGCGCUCGUGUCUUGACCCACAAGAAUUGCGGGUUUGUCAACUUCGAACGUCUUGAUGAUGCCGUACGUGCACGGAAGUCUCUCAACGGGCGAGAUGUCCUAGGCAGUGAUGUCGGUGCCAUUCGAAUCGGUUUCGCACGAGUCCCGGUCAAGAACUCUGGGUCUGGCGAUGGAGUUGAUGAGGGAAUGGGAGCUGGUGUUCAAGGCGUAGGUGACCUCACUGUUGGUGCCACCAUUCAUGCGCUGCGUACCGUCAAAGGAGCUGCAACAAUUCCAGCUGAUCAACAAGUUCUUGGUGGUUCAAUUGAGAACUAUCGCUCGAAUCUCCUCUUGAGUAUGAUUGGAUCUGGUACCCACAAGGCUCUCGGCAGUAACUCUAACAACGGCGCUGGCUGGACCGCCUCCAUUACUGAGCAACAAAUGGUUAUGCUCGAGCUUAGUGGUGGAGCUGCUGAUGCUGAAGCCGAUAUCAAGGCAUUGGGAGAGUUCCGCCCUCCAACUAUGUACUAUUCUACCAUUCCUUUAGUGGCAGAGCGUCCACAUAACCGUCGCUGGGACGCAUCCAAGCUGCGUGAAUUGCGCAAGCGGCUUGACUCUGGUACAUGCAGUGUUGAGGAGAUCGAUGCCGUGGCUGCAGACUUUUUAGACGGCGAGAUAGUCGAUCUUGCUUCGGACUGGCUGGGUAAUACCGUUGUGCAAAAACUCUUCGAGAAAUGCUCACCUGCCCCCCGCCUGGCUAUGCUUGAUCGCAUUGCCCCUCACCUUGCAAUGAUUGGAAUUCACAAGAAUGGUACAUGGGCGGCGCAAAAGAUCAUUGAAUGCGCCACUACCCCAGAAGAGAUGGCAUUAGUGAUUACAAACCUCAGGCCAUAUGCGCCCCCCUUGCUGCUCGAUCAAUUCGGAAACUACGUUGUCCAGUGUUGCCUGCGCUUCGGCCCGCCUGCGAACGACUUUAUUUUCGAUGCUGUGGUCGACCGUCUCUGGGAAGUCGCUCAGGGUCGGUUCGGUGCGCGUAGCAUGCGUGCGUGCCUAGAAAGCCCUCAAAUUACUCUCAGCCAACAAAGGAAAAUUGCAACCGCUAUUGUAUUGAACUCGAUUCCUCUGGCGACAAACCCGAACGGCGCUCUGUUGCUAACAUGGCUAUUGGACUCAUCUGGCUUCCAAUCCAGAUACAAGCUACUGGCUCCACGCUUCACGCCUCAUCUUGCACACCUGUGCACCCACAAGCUGGCCUCCCUCACAGUCUUACGGAUUGUCAAUCAGCGAAUCGAGCCCGAUGCGUCGCAACAAAUUGUUCGCUCUCUGUUCAAUUCCCCCGGCGAUCAUGUUCUUACCGAUGUUCUGGGAGACCAAGUCAAUGGAGUGGCAGUUGUUCACAAGAUUCUCAUCAGCCCAUUCAUUGAUGCUGCUGAACGUCCUCAGUACCUUGAAGCUACCAAGCGUGUUUUGAUCGAUCUCAAGGUCACCGUAACCCAAGCAUAUCGCCGUCUCAUUGAAGAGGUUGGACUACCGCUCCCCAACUUCCAGCCUGCUUUCGCACAACCUGUUCCUCAGCCUGCCAAGAAAAACAGUGGUGGUCCGACAGCACCCUAUGGUAUGCCUAAUGUGCCUACAGGAUAUCAACAACCUGGAGACGGCUUAACCAAUAUGAUGCAAGCGCUCCAGCUUCAAUCUGGUAUUGGCCCCAAUGGUCAAGGUGGACUUCAAAUUAAUCCCGGAUAUGCAAACCCAGGUGUUCCGGGGCCAAUGAGCGCUGGUCCUCCAUCAGGUACCUCGCCCGCUACAUUCUCUCCCACGAACGAUCCCUUCAACCCAUUCGCUCGCUCUCCUGAUAUGGCCCCUCGUGGCAACAACAGGCGCGGCCCUCCUGGUGGCCAAUUUGUUCCCCAACAGGGACAGCAGAUGUACAAUACUCAACAAGGCACCCCAAGCUUGGCUCAAGCGGGUAGCGGUCUGAUGGGAAUGGCUCAAUCCCCCUACGGGAUGCCGCCCAAUCCCAUGCCGCCUAACCCCAUGCCCCCGCAGAUGUACCAAGCGUACAUGCAGAACUUUGUCCAACCUAACUCGACCUCCUUCCACACUUGA